AUGACUGGGACUGGAUCCUUUCCCAUCAGACAAGCGAAGUGUCCUGGAAGCUGUGGAAAGCAGUUUCUCCUGGAAUUAGAAAAGCUACACAUCAAAAGAAGGUAUGUGCCUAUCCCUCUUGCCUCAUCUCAAAGUCGAGAGCUCUGUUUAUUCUCUGAUGCCUCCACUCAGGCUAUCGCCACAGUAGCCUACCUGCGUGUCACCAAUGAUGAAAACCAGUGCCACGUAGGAUUCGUUAUGGGCAAAGCAAAGUUGGCGCCGCAUCCAGCCCAUACGGUGCCACGUUUGGAGUUGUGUGCCGCUGUCCUGGCCGUUGAGAUGGCAGAUAUGAUCUGCAGUGAGAUGGACAUUAAGAUGCAUGCUGUGAGAUUUUUCACUGAUAGCAGGAUUGUUCUCGGGUACAUCCACAACACCUCCAGAAGAUUUCACGUGUAUGUUGCCAACCGAGUCAAUCGCAUCAGGAAAUCAAGUCAUCCACACCAGUGGCAGUAUGUUGCCACCGAACAGAAUCCGGCGGAUCACGCCACCAGACCCAAGUCUGUAGACAUCCUCAGGGCCUCUAACUGGUUCUCGGGUCCCGGAUUCCUGAAAAGCAGCCGUGAGCCUCCAGAAAGCAACAGCUUUGAUCUUGUGAAUCCAGAACUUGACGUGGAAGUCCGGCCUCAGGUUGCUGUCAACUACACAAAAGCUGCAGAAGGUCAGUUCAGCUCAACACGCUUCGAACGAUUUUCUGGCUGGAAGAGACUAUUACAAGCUAUCACAAAACUUAUUCAAGUAACAAGAACAUUUACCAAGACUCACAAAGUUGAUGCUGUCGAUGCACGAUGGCAAGCUAAAGCAGUCGUCAUUCGUUGUGUUCAGCAAGAAUCCUAUGGAGAAGAGUUAAACUGCUUGAGAGACGGGAUUCAGCUCUCAAAAAAGAGUCCGCUGAGAAAGUUAAAUCCUUUCAUCGACGAGGAUGGACUCCUUCGGAUUGGAGGACGCCUUACCAACGCUGACUUACCAAGAGAUGAGAGACAUCCUGUCAUACUGCCUAAAACGCACCACAUUGCAACUCUUAUAGUGAGACAUUACCACGAGGAAGUUUUCCAUCAAGGCCGUCACUUUACUGAAGGUGCUGUCCGGUCAGCAGGAGUGUGGAUAGUGGGAGGCAAACGGCUGGUGUCUAGUGUCAUCUACAACUGUGUGACCUGCAAAAAACUGAGAGGGAGGGUAAUGGAGCAGAAAAUGGCACCAUUACCAGCUGACAGACUCAGCUCAGAACCACCUUUUACCCACGUCGGACUGGACGUCUUCGGGCCAUGGAGCAUUGUCACUCGCCGCACUCGUGGAGGCAGCGCUGAAAGUAAGCGAUGGGCAGUGUUAUUCACAUGCAUGAGCACGAGAGCUACACACAUCGAAGUGUUAGAAUCUAUGUCCACUUCAAGUUUUAUAAACGCUUUACGACGUUUCUUUGCAAUCCGUGGACCAUCCAAACAGCUUCGCUCUGACAGAGGCACAAACUUUAUUGGAGCGUGCAAAGAGUUAAAAAUCAACACUGGUGAUCCAGAGUUGACAAGUUACCUUGACAAUCAGGGCUGCACGUGGACUUUCAACGCCCCCCAUUCAUCCCAUAUGGGAGGUUGUUGGGAGAGACUGAUAGGAGUAGCACGUCGGAUUCUAGAAGGGAUGUUGCUGCGGUCUGACACCAACCGCCUCACACACGAGGUGUUGACAACACUGAUGGCAGAAGUCAUGGCCAUUCUAAAUGCCAGGCCGUUGACUCCAGUGUCAACUGAUCCUGACAAUCCUACUAUAUUGACACCUGCAAUGAUUCUCACUCAAAAGACGACUCCAGUGACUGCUCCCCCAGGUGACUUUGUUCAUAAGGAUCUUCACAAAAAUCAGUGGAAACAAGUACAGUGUCUGGCAGAGAGCUUCUGGAAGCGAUGGAGACAGGAGUAUCUGGUGACUCUCCAGAAACAUCACAAGUGGAAUGAUGACAAGCCAAGCAUUCAAGUGGAUGAUGUAGUUCUGAUGAAAGACAGCCAGGCUAAACGGAACGACUGGCCAAUAGGACUCGUGGUAAAGACAUUGCCUAGCAAAGACAACAAAGUCCGCAAGGUUGAAGUUAAAGUUGUGAGACAAGGAACAACAAAAACCUACAUCAGACCCAUCUCAGAGCUCGUUUUUCUUAUGUCUAAGGACUCAUAAAGGGAUAGACAUUCUGAUAAGGAACACUAAUGUGCAUAAAGGGUGAUUGUAUAUUUGUUUCCUCAAAUAGUUUGGGUAAUCUUUGAGUAAUUAAGUUGUUUAUAGUGGUAUGUUAAUAUACCAGGCGAGGAGUGUUCCGCCCUUACGGUCUUUAAAUUAUAGGUUCCUAGGUCGGACUGUUUAAGGGACGGACCGGUUCG